UCCUCAGUAGUAAGCGAAGUUGACUGUAGCGCUCGGUCUCCGCUGGAAGUGGCUCCCUGGUUCAGAGACAGUGCGGGCGGACAAGGGGGCGGACCGGCGAGAGGAAACUUGACAGAAAACAAUAGCAGUCACUCCGCUGACACCCACAUAACAAUUAUUAAUUAUUAGCGUUCAUAUUUCUAAAGGCAGGCAACUGUGCUCCUUGACAGAAGCGCAAGCGGUUGCGGCGGAGGCGCGCCCGGCGAAGGAAUAACGUUAGCAGGAAAACGGAGAGAAAGGUGAGGUGAAGGCACGUUUGGGAAGAAGAGGAGGAGGGCAGUGAAAAGUAAGCGGACUCAGCCACAGGUAGGACUCGACCACGGGAGCCCUACGUUAGCUGUCGUGGCAGAAGAUAUCAAAGUGCAGGCGGGUCAUGCGGAUUUCUCCGGUCGCUGAUCGGAGCGCCGCGUCGCAGCAGUAAAACGGAGGGCAAAGAGAAAAGAAGCAGAAAACAGAAGAACCACACCGCUUCUGCGCCGCUCUGUCAGUCCGUCCAAGCGGGCUCCAGGUCACAGGGAAGAGCCACCAUGUCCCGGAGAAAGCAGAGCAAACCCCGGCAGAUAAAGCGUUCCCUCGGGGAUCUUGACGGCAGCGAGGAGAACACACCGGACAACCUCAGCCUAUCAGGUGAGGAGGGAGGAGCGUCGGACCCAGACGAUUCCGGGGAAGGCGACAGCUCCAGCCCGCCGCCGUACACGCCGCUGUACAACGAAGAGCCCAGUACGCAAGACUUUCGAGGAGGCCCCGAUGACGAAGACGAGGACGGGGAGGAGCAAGGGCCGACUCACAGUGGUGGGGAGGAGGAGGAAGACGGGGAGGAAGAGGAGGACGUGUUACAGUGGAGGGGUCCAGAUGACCUGGAGUUGAAUGAAGAAGGCAGUGAGAGCAGGGUGGUGGCUCGCAGGGACCUACAUCCAGACACAACAUGGGGCCCCUACCCAGGAAUGCUCCAAUCAGAGGGCAGCACAGAUGAUCAGGAGACAGAGAACUGCAGGUGGACACUGGUGUGUGAGGAUCCAGAUUGUUGGAUUAGCCGCCUCCCUCUGACCUCUGAUCCCUCUGCUGCCAACUGUACCAUCUACAGCCAAGGUGAGGAGCUGUUCUGUAAGGUGACCAGGGAGCUUGUGGCUGGUGAAGAGCUCCUGGCCUCCCUGUUGCCUCCUCCCGCCAACUCUUCUUCCCCCCUGGACCAGCUGUCCCCUCCACUCAGCCUUGUCACCCAGAAACAACCUGUGGUGAAGGAGGAGCCGCUGUACCCAGCGGCGCUGCGCUCAGACAUCCAGCUUCUCCCACAGCAAGCGGGCAUGGCCGCAAUCUUGGCCACUGCCGUUGUAAAUAAGGACAUUUUCCCAUGCAAGGACUGUGGGAUCUGGUAUCGCAGUGAGAGAAACCUGCAGGCUCACCUCAUGUACUACUGCGCCAGCCGGCAGAAGCAGCCAGCCGCAGCCUCAUCCCCGCCACAGGACAAACCCAAGGAGUCCUAUCCCAAUGAACGUAUCUGCCCCUUUCCACAGUGCAACAAGAGCUGCCCCAGUGCAAGCUCAUUGGAGAUCCACAUGCGCACACACAGCGGUGAGCGUCCAUUUGUGUGUCUCAUCUGUCUGUCAGCCUUCACCACUAAAGCAAACUGUGAGCGCCACCUUAAGGUCCACACUGACACACUGAAUGGGGUGUGUCAUGGCUGUGGAUUUGUCUCUACCACAAGAGACAUCCUCUACAGUCAUCUGGUCACCAGCCACAUGGUUUGCCAGCCUGGAUCUCGUAGUGAGGUCUACUCUCCAGGGCCAGGCCUUCCUAAGCUGCCUCCGUCCACUGGUCUCAGUCCAGGAGACUCUGGUGUGGUGCUGAAGUGUCAAGUCUGCGGCCACAACUCUGACUCCCCUGCCCAGCUUCAGCAGCAUGUACGAACUCACCUAGAGGUCAGGGUCCCAGCCGAAAGGAGCCCCACCCCUCGCCAAAGUACCCCAUCAUCAGUUGACCACCUCCAGCUCCAGCCAUCUCCCCCAGAGAGGGAGCCCCUAGCAUGUGUACCCAAGCCAGACUCAUCCAGCCCAGGCGCAAAUGGCGGCUCAGCCACUCCACGAGGCUGCAGUCCUCCUGAUGCACCAACCACUAACCUAAAGAUCAAAGAGGAGCCUCAUUCAGACUCUGAGACAGAAGAGCAACAGAUGGAAAUUAAGGAGGAUAGAGAGGAGGAGGAGGAGGAGGUUGAUGGAGAGGAGGGGGAUCAAGAAACAAGGAGGAAGACACAGGAAGAGCCAAUUGCUACCUCCUCCUGCCAGACAUCAAAUUCUCCUAAGAGUCCGACAGCCACAACUGUUAAGGCCGAACCAACAAGUCCUACCCCUGGUUCUAGCCCAGCUCAUAUGGGAGGUGCAGGGCCAGUUCUCCCAGGAGGAGCAAUGUUCUUGCCCCAGUACAUGUUUAACCCUGAGGCAGCCAUAUUGCCCCAGGCCUCAGAGAUCCUGGCCAAAAUGUCAGAAAUGGUCCACAGCCGUCUGAAACAGGGCCAGACAGUUCCCCAGAACAGCCCAGCCGCCUUCUUCCCUUCUGGACCGACUGCACCUACAGCCACAGCCACUCCGCCUCACAAAGGAGCCACCUGCUUUGAGUGUGAUAUCACCUUCAACAACAUCAACAACUUCUAUGCACAUAAGAGGCUGUACUGCUCCAGUAGGCACCAAGCAGAUGGUGCAACCUCAGCUUCAGGCCCAGGAUCAACAAGGGAUGCAGGCCCAGCCACUGUGCCAUCCAGCAUGGUACAUGGCUCAUCAGCAUCUCCUCAGGGUGGAGCAGCAAGCAGAGCAGCCUCGGCCUCUCCUACUGACUCCGACCCUGCUGCAGGGAGUGGAACAACAGAAUCCAGGAGAGUGGUCGAAGUUAAGACAGAAACUCCUGUGGGGAGAGAGGGAAUAUCAUCCUCUUCUGAAGGAGAAGGUGGAGGUGGUAGUGUUGGAGGUGGAGGUGGAGGAGGAAGAGCAAGUGAAGGCAGCCAGAGCCCUGCCAGUGGUUCUGCAGAGGACCUGGAAGAUGAUCCCAAUAGAACCUUCUGUGAGGCCUGCAACAUCCGCUUCAGUCGUCAUGAAAACUACACUGUUCACAAGCGCUUCUACUGUGCAUCACGCCAUGACCCAUCCAACCACCGAGCCGUACACAUGGCCAAGGCAACUACCACAGCAGCCUUCCUUCCCCAGCCCAUCCGCACACGCAAGAGGAAGAAGAUGUACGAGAUUCACAUGGCCAGAACUGAAGCAUUAGCUAACGCUGCUGCUGCUGCUGCUGCCGCUGCUGCUGCCACUGCUGCUGCCUCUGCCCCAUCUCCCUCUGUACUUGGCUUGGCAGUGAAGCAAGAGGUUUCUCCCAGUGGAGCAGGCAGCUCCAGCCCUGAAGGAGAUGGCCCAAUUGACCUGAGCAAGAGGCCCCGUCUGAGAGAGGUUCCACACCCCAGUAACAGCAAUAUUCUCCCUGCCCUGCCGCUUACUGACUACCACAAGUGCACCGCCUGCAGUAUCAGCUUCAACAGCAUUGAGAACUACUUGGCUCACAAAACCUACUAUUGCCCUGCCACCACCCUCCAGCCCCACACCUUGGAGCAGCUGCACAGGCUCAAGAGAUCAGCCUCUACCUCGCCCAAAAGCAGGUCUCAACAGGAGCGCCAGGAUCUUCUGCAUCCUAUGGAGGCUAAAGCCCUCCCCGCUGAGUGGGUUGCCCAGGCUCAAGGCUCAUCAUCCAGUCCCUCUGCCUUAUCUGCCUCCGAUGCCACAUCUUCUCCCCAUACAACCACCACACUUGCAGCCACCCCAGGAGCUGGAGCCAAAGGCGCAGGUUCCCCUCAGAUGGUCUGCCCAUACUGUCCUAACAGGCCCAUCACCUCUGACCUGAUGGAGCACUUCAAGACCACCCACGGCCUGGUUGUAACCAUUCAGCCACCCCAGGAGGCCCUACCCCAACCAGGCAGUGUGAUCAGCCGCAGCCCCAGCCUUAGCCCCAGGGAUGGAGCUACAGCAACCACCUCCACCACCCCAACAGGCCAGCCCAGGCUGGUCUCUCGGGUUCACAGAGACAGCGUCAACGGGCAGGCAAGGAGUAGUACAACUUCUCCCUCCUCCCCAGUGGUAAAUGGCAGCCCUUCAGGUGGGGCUGGAUCACCUUCAGCCAGCUCACCUCUGCCCAUGUCCCCUUCAAGGGCUCCCUCUCUGACUUUGUCACCUGUGCCUGAGGUUCUGAGGGAGACAGUUGGUUUGUCCCUCCUUCAAGAUAAGGCCACACCAACCAUGGCCUCCCAUCCCAUCCCAGCAUCCCAGCCUGCCCCCAUUCCUGGCGCUAAAACCCCAGUGAUCUCCCCUGUCCAGAACGGUAACUCCCGCUACUGUCGGCUGUGCAACAUCAAGUUCAGCAGCCUCUCCACGUUCAUAGCUCAUAAGAAAUACUACUGCUCUUCCCACAGUGCUGAACAUGUCAAGUGAGCUGAGUCAUUCUCUUCUCCCUCUUCCUCUUUCCCUUCCCCUUUCUUCUUGAGUGGAGGCUUUUCUUCAUUCAGUUCCAAGAAGCUCAGAUGUCCCUUUUCCUCUGCCAGUCCUCCCACAUGGGUGCCAAAGUGGCGCUCAGCUGGCAUGAUCAUGAAUGACUGUUACUCAUCUGGCAGGGCCUGAGGCCAAACUGCUUCAGAGCAGAAUUUGCAGGUGAUGUUACUAACAUACAGUAACUGAUAUUCUUCCUCCUAUGGGUCAAAGUUUGUAGUACACUAAGAGCUGAGACGGAUGCUACCUGGCUCUCUGCCUGUCUACCUGCACACACUGGUGUGCCCUCGUCCCCUAGAUCACUCUGUCUUCAUACCCUGCCCCACAUUUAACAUCUACCACUCCCAGGCCUCACAAUAUGUUGCAUUAUGGGACGUUAAAAAGAUCUGUCAACAACCUUUUUUCUGUCUCUCUGUUGAACUGAGUUGUUUAUAAUGGCAGUAAUUAGAUUUGGACUGUUGGAGGCAUUUCUGACUGAUGAUGAUACAGCAAUGAUAAUGCUGAUUAUGAUGAAUCUCCAGUCUUUUCUAUAGCUAUUGAUGUUUCAGACCUAAACAGAGGAAUCAUUUCUCUUGUGUGGAAAAGACUUGAUCAUUGUUAAUGUUUUUAUUAUCUGUGCAUAGUGUAUGAUGUCUAAAAAAAGAAUUCUAUAUGCUUUUGGUUUCAA